AUGCCUGGGGAAUUUUCAGCAACUUUCUCAAAACUAGAAAGGGUCAUUGGCGCUUUACCUUCACUGCUUCCAGAGUCAAUAAGUGACCAUCCUAAUGAAGUCUCAACAUUCCAGAAUUUAUUGGAGAUUCAUCAUUCUUGUUUGAAAUUGAUCCAUGUUCUUUAUAAAUUCAUUGAUUACUACUUAUUAGUCUUCCCUAAUAAUAGCACCAAGCAAGCAGAUUUACAGCAUUUAAAAUUAAAGUUUUUAUUUCCAUUGGUCAAGAUAUUCCUAAAUACCAAUGACUUUAUCAAUUCCAAUCUUCAACAGCAAUCACUCAAUGACAAUGCACUCAUAAAAUUCCAUAAAUUGUCGAUGAAAAACUUAUCGCAAAUAACACAAUUCUUGGUAUUGGUGAUGUUCGAUUUUAACAAGUUGAUCAAAGAAAAUUUGCAAGUAUCUUCGAUUCUUUUGAAAGAUAAAGUUGUGGAUGAUCAAGUUUAUAAGAUCAUUGAUUAUAUUAUUCUCGACGUCAGAAGAAUCAACAUUUUGAUAUCAGCAACAAGCCCUGGCUCAGCUAUGCCAAAGUUAACUAAAUUGUUUUUGGAAGAAAACAGUUAUUAUAAUCUCAAUGGCCAUAUCAACAAAUUUCAAGAAGGCUUUCUCAAAUUGAAGCCAAUCAAAGGAUACUUGAUUGAGAAGUUUACUUUCCAUAACAACGAUUACAAUAUUUUUUUGAAAAAUGCCAGUGAUCAGCAAACUAACGGAAAUAACUAUUUGAUCCAAGUGUUUAAAGAAGCUAAUAAAAAUGACUUGGAAAUUGUUGCUGCUGAUUUGCAAUGUUACAUCAGAGAUCCAAAGAAUUUUAAUAUCACCGAAUUCCAUGAUUUUUAUAAAAUCAAAUCCCCAAUGGAUUACGCAUACUCCACCAACGAAAUGGGGAGUGGAGAAAAUCAUAAAUCAUUGCCUAUUAACAACAGCCAUGUAUUGGUUCCCGUGGUAUCUUCAAUAAACCUAUUUGUUAGUUUGAUCAUCAAUUUAAUCCAAAUCGUUGAUUCAUACAUCAUUUUAAAUGAUGACCUUUGUUUGGCCAAUCUUGAGGCAAAAUCGUCAAGCGAUGGCAAGUACUAUCUGAAUAAUUUUUCGAGAAUCAAUACAUCAUUUAAAAAGUUCAUCAAAGUUGCCAAUGACACAGUUAAUGGAACUAUGGAAAAGGAUCUCUUAUUUGAUUCUUUGCGUAAUUGCUUGGGAAAUUUCUUGCAACUUAAUGAUUUGGUGAAUUCUUUCAACACCACCAUCAUUAGAAGAAUUAUCGAAGACUUUAGUGCCGUUGGUCAGUAUAAUGCUGACAGAGUGGUUGACGUUCGGGUAUUGAAUUACUUCUUGUGUUGUGGGAUCAUUGACAGUUUCGCUAUCCAAAACGACGCUAUCUCUUGUGUUUUAUUCGAACAAGCUGACCCCGUUAGAUCUUCUACUACCGCCCCUUCGCCAACUUCUGCUGAAGGAUCGAAAAAUAAUAGUACUGUGCCCCCUAACACUAUCUAUCAUAAAUUGGAGAGACUCAUCAAAGAUAAUUAUUCAGAGGAGAUGAGCUUACUUGAUUUCUUGAUCAAUUCAUUCAAGCUUGAACGUAACUUGAACUACUUGGCGGUUGGUAUCGUUCUCAGAGGUAGCGAUUGUCCCCAAUCUUCCAACAAUAACAUUGUCAAUGAUGAUUUGAAAGUCGAUUUCAUGGAUUAUUUGCACAACAUGAUGGAAUACGGUGAUGGCAACGAUGAGGCGGCUGUCAAUGAAUUAGCCUUUGCUAACGUGUUUGGUAAUGAUUAUUCUCAAAAAUUACUUACAAACGAUUUAUCGCCAUUCAACCUCAAUGACUUGCAACAAUUUGAAUCUCAUGUGUUUGAUUCUCAAUUCACUUUGAAUUUGAUGAAUAAAAUUCAAAGAUACGCCUUUCAGGAUCCUAAUUCUGUCGCAAAAUUCAAGAAUUUCGCCUUUGAUGAAUCGGAUUACUUGAUGAUCAGAUCUAUCGCUGAACAAAUGUUUGACGAAAAGAAUUUGAUUUCUUUCAGAAAUUUGGAAUUGGAAACUCCAAAAAAAAAAAAACAAAGAUUGGCUGCCGCCAUCUCUAAUAAUAACCACAACGGCCACAAUAAUAACAACAACAAUAAUAAUAACAUAGAAUUCAUCGCUUGA